UCUCCUCUCUUUCCAUGCAACCUCUCCUUCGCUCUCUCUUCAUCCUCUGAUUAAAGGUUUCUCUAUUUAUAAACUUCUAAAUUUAUCUGGUUAGCUGUUUCUUCUUAUCACCUUUGCUCCGGUUAACUCGGUGGUGAUUCGGCCGAGCCAUUCACCAUGACUCGACGGUGCUCGCAUUGCAGCAACAACGGACACAACUCCCGGACUUGUCCCACGCGCUCCUCCGGCGCGUCGUCAUCUUCGGCUUCGUCACUAUCCGGAGUGAGGCUCUUCGGGGUCAGACUCACCGAUGGCUCCAUUAUUAAGAAGAGUGCGAGUAUGAGUAACUUGUCGGCGCACUACCAUUCCUCAUCAUCAGCUGCCGCUUCACCCAAUCCUGACUCUCCAUUGUCGGAUCAUGUUCGAGAUUCCGGUAACGUACCGGAGGGAUACUUGUCUGAUGACCCGGCUCAUGCUAGCUGCUCCACCAAUCGACGCGGAGAGAGAAAGAAAGGUGUCCCUUGGACAGAAGAGGAGCAUCGACUUUUCUUAGUUGGUCUUCAGAAAUUGGGGAAAGGAGAUUGGCGCGGAAUAGCUCGGAACUAUGUGGUGUCUAGAUCUCCUACUCAGGUAGCAAGCCAUGCUCAAAAAUAUUUCAUCCGCCAGAGCAAUGCCACACGAAGAAAGAGACGCUCCAGCCUUUUUGACAUGGUUCCUGAUAUGGCAUCAGAACCCCAGCCUGUACCAGAAGAACAAGAGUCAGUGUCUUGUCAGGUCGGGGAAACUGAUAAUGCAAAUUCAUUGCCUUCGCUAAACCUCUCUCUGAAACCAGAAUAUGAACCAAUGGAAACUACAUCUGAAGAACCAGCUAAAGAAUCUGACGAAACAGCAACAGGAUCUAGUGAAUUCAGGCAAACUGUUUCCAGUUCAAGUGAAUUCACACCAAUUGUUCCUCAACUGAAUGAAUUCCCACAGUUUGUUCCUGGAUUCUACCCAGCUUAUAUGCCCAUCCCUUAUCCAUGUUGGCCUCCAAAUACUGCCACUCUUGAAGAAGUAAAGAGCGUAGAGACAUCAGGUCAUAAGGUCCUAAAGCCUGUCCCAAUCUUUGCCAAGGAGCCUGUUAAUGUCGAUGAACUGGUUGGCAUGUCUCACCUUAGCAUAGGAGAGACUGAGAGAGGCCAUAGAGAGCCUUCACCGCUUUCCCUGAAAUUAAUUGGGGAGCCAUCAAGGCAAUCUGCGUUUCAUGCAAAUGCUCCUGUAAGCGGGUCAGAGUUGAGCCAGGGAAAAGCUAGUCCUAUACAAGCAGUUUGAAUUGAAGAAAGGAAGCAGUAUUUUAGUAUUUCAUUAGGUUUUUUUUUACCUCUCGUCACUGUAGAAUCAAUCUUGUUUUCCUCUUUGAUAGAGUCAAGUUUUUAUGGUCAGGUUUGAUAUAUUUAUUCUUUCUAACCUAGAAGAAUUAAUAAUUGAAUGGGCAUGAUGAAGUGCCUGCAUGUCAGCUUCUUCGAGCUUCCUCCUUGGAACUUUUUUUUUUUUUAAAUUAUUAUUUGUUCUUCAGUGAUUGUUCUAUAAUAUAUACUGUAAUUUUUCAGGUUUACGCA